CGGUCGGCCUCGCAGGCGGGGCGGAGAACAUGGCGCUGCCCCCGGCCGCCGCGCCCCCCGCCCGGGCCCGGGAGCCGCCGGGACCCCGCGCCGCCGCCGCCGCCUCCGAGCCGCCGCUGGGCUUGCAGCCGCUGUCCACGCUGCGCCCCGAGCCGGGCGGGGUCCCGCUGCACUCGCCCUGGACCUUCUGGCUGGACAGAUCUCACCCUGGUGCCACAGCAGCUGAGUGUGCCUCAAAUCUGAAGAAAAUCUACACAGUGCAAACAGUGCAGAUAUUCUGGAGUGUGUACAAUAAUAUCCCUCCUGUGACUAGCCUGCCUGUGAGAUGUAGUUACCAUUUAAUGAGAGGAGAGAGGCGACCACUCUGGGAAGAGGAGAGUAAUGCAAAGGGUGGUGUGUGGAAGAUGAAAGUCCCCAAGGACAGCACGUCCACAGUUUGGAAAGAGCUGUUGUUAGCAACUAUCGGGGAGCAGUUCACAGACUGUGCCGCAGCAGAUGACGAAGUGAUAGGAGUCAGCGUCAGUGUCCGGGACCGUGAGGACGUCAUCCAAGUCUGGAAUGUAAAUGCCUCAUUAGUGGGCGAAGCCACUGUGUUAGAAAAGAUCUAUGAACUUCUGCCCCACAUAUCUUUUAAAGCUGUGUUUUAUAAACCCCAUGAAGAGCAUCAUGCUUUUGAAGGUGGACGUGGAAAACACUAAUUGCACUCUGUAAAGAAUUCUUUGUCCUUUGCUGAUUGGUUUUGGAAACGGUCUUAACAGGAGGGAGAGUGAAGAGAAGACUUGCCGAAGCCCGAUGCUGGUCCAUUUAGAGUGGGUUUCUGUGCUUACAGAUUGGGCAAUUAGGACUCAAAGUGGCAGGUGGGGCGGGGGGUGAUUAUGUGGGUUUCUACCGUCAUAUUACUUGCUUUUUUAAAAAAAAAAUAUAUAUAUAUUUUAGAUUUCUAAAUUCUCUGUUCUAUUCACGCAGAUUUUUUCCCUUUAAAAUUCCUUAUUCAGGCUAAUUAUUGUUUUCUACACUCCUCUUUCACUGAAGCACAAGAACUGGGUUUCCCUUUCAGUAGCUCUACUGUACCUAUUUAAUGAGAAUAUGCAUAACCAUGACAGUCCUGCUUUUGAAACCACAUUGUACCAGGAGAAAUACUGGCUUGGUAAAAACCUGUCUUCUGGUUAUUUGUUGUGACACAUUUCUGUGUGCUGUGAGCUGGGCAUUGUUUUUUCUAUCCCAGGGGAAAGAAAAACCAUAUUUAACCUGAUUUUGCACUGACAGCAUACAUAUCUUGUUAUUUUUCCUUUACAAAAUCAUUUUUAGUGAUAAAAGGAAAAUAUUUGGUUUGGCUAACAUAAAAACUAUCAUCAAAGUUUAGUAUCGGGAUCAAGCUCUAGGUCCUUGUUCCCUCUGUGGAAAUACUUCUUAGAAAACUCUAGAUUUGACCUUUUCAGGGGAAGUCUUAGCAUCGUAGCCAUGGAUUUCUCCAAGUAGGAAACUUGGAAUUUCUGAUGUCAAGAAGAGAUGUUAUUUUUUAGUUAUUUGAAUUAAACUUUCAAAGUUUGGGUAUGCUUACCCACUUAGAACUUUGCAAAUCAAUUCUAACCCAUUUUGUUCAAUGAUUGCUCUUUCCUGCUCAUAUUACGUCAUUUCUGAUAAUCAGAGCUUCUCCAACCUAGGCAGAGUUCCCUUCCAUUUCAUGUUAGGAGCAAGAAGUCAAAUCUCAUUUCCAAGAUGCUUGUGAUCAUUCUCAAAGUGGAACUUGGAAUACCUCCUGUUCAUAUUAAUUGUUGGAAUUGCUUAUAUGCAUAGUGUUACACUGCCAAAGAAGUCCUGGUUUUAAUAGAAGGAAAUGGCUACCCUCUGGAACAUGAAGAUCACUCAGAAUGUGCCUUGUCCCCUUCUUGACUUUGCCAACCUUCUGGGUACGUUUACCUAAGAAGGAGCAGAACUGUUGGAGAUGCCUCCUCCUGUUUUCUUAUUUUGGAGUCACUGGGGUUUGUGUGCACUUACACAUUUCUCAAAAGAACGAUGUAUUUAGAAUGUCCUUGCACCCAGAAUUUUAAAUUCCUCUCGCAGCGUUGAACAGUAGAAAGAGGCAAAACUAUUCCAUGCCUCCUACAUAUGUUUGUAAAUGAAGUUUUCCUUUCAAACCUUGUAAAUGACUUCCAACAAUAUCUCUUCAUAAGAGCUGUUCCCUUACAUUGAAUUAUUAAUCAUAUCAACCACAGGAAUAAUCAUAAUUCUAAAAAAAUUUUUUUCUAUACUUGUUUCUUUAGCAGUUUCAAAAUGAGGUCUAAAGAUAUAGGGUCCCUUUUGUAAAAGCCUGGUACUUGUUUCUCUGAGCAAUGUAUAUUUCUUUAAACAUUUAACUUGUUUUAAAUUUUUUUCUCAAGAAUUUAAUACAAUUAUUCUGGACAUGAAUUGAAAUUUCUUUUUGUAGUAUAAAUAUUUUUCUGGUAGAUUAGAAAAAAGGAUAUAGUCGACUUUAUAAUAAUUGUCAUAUAUAUUUCCACAAGUAAGUGAAUUUUGAGAAAUUUUUAUUUUUGAACGUUAUUUAAAGCAUUUGUGAUGACAUGUUCAACUUUUGCAUGUAUGAAGACUUUGAAUUAAAAAUAAAAUUAAAUAAAUAGGAAUAUCAAGUUCA